GGGCAGAAAGAAAGUUGCCGUCUUCUCUUUUAGCCCUAAAUUAGUCCGAAAAUACAGAAUCCUACGUGCUCCCGUGGUGUCAAAGUGGUUUUUGCUGUUGGCCCCUUGAUUUAAAGCUAAUACGUUUUUUCCCCCCCGCACAGGAAUUAUCUACGAUGUGAUUGUGGAGCCUCCGAGCGUUGGGUCGAUGACAGACGAACACGGGCAUCAAAGGCCGGUGGCCUUCUUGGCCUACAGAGUAAACGGGCAAUAUAUUAUGGAAGGGCUUGCAUCCAGUUUCCUCUUCACAAUGGGUGGCCUAGGCUUCAUAAUUCUGGAUCGAUCCAAUGCACCAAAUAUCCCCAAGUUGAAUAGAUUUCUCUUGCUUUUUAUUGGAUUUGUAAGCGUGCUUUUGAGCUUCUUCAUGGCCAGAGUUUUCAUGAGGAUGAAAUUACCGGGCUACUUGAUGGGUUAGUACCUCUUGUGGUGUAUGAAAGCCCAAGCUGAAUUUACUCCUCUUCAUGAAGUGUUUAAGAAGAAGCAGCAAUCGACAAAUUCCAUAGUCACUGUCAACAGGAAAAAGACCUGGUCAUGAGAAACAGCUGGGGGAAGGGUGCUAUCUCUGCAAACAAACUUUCAUUACCAGUGGCUGAUUCAGGCUUAAAACAGCAUUUUGGAUCAUUUCUGUUCUAGAGCUUUUGAAAAGGGCAGGUUACCUAGUUGUUGUUUAAUGCCAGUUCAUGUGAAAUAGAAAACCUUUCUUUAGCUCUGCCCUGAAAUGAGUAUUAGCCGUUGGUUUGACAGUUCUUUGUUGCAAGAUCUGUCCCCUGUUCCCUGUGUGGGAAGAUUGUGUGUUUGAAUUGGGAAAGAAAUACCUGAAACCUAUCUUUCCACAUUAUAAUUAGAAAACCAGAAACUUUGGAUGCUUUGCAGUCAAAACACAACAUGUCUGAAAUGAUAUCAAAGGCAUCUUUUGCCUUGAAAUUAAUAGCUCUAUAUGAGCAAAUCUAGAUAUGCACUGGGAAAGAGGUAAACUGUAUGAAUGUGCAUUUCUUUUUUGAAACGGUGUACGAAAGGAGACAAAUAAAACUUAUUUUCUACAAAAUUAUUGGAA